AUGAAAGAAGCCAUACUUCAGAAUGACCUUGGGAUUGACGAACAGGAUUGGAACAUCAAUCAGUCAACAAUAUGGCAGCCAUCAAGCCUGACCGGCAAGAAACUUGAGAAUUAUGUCAAGCGACGGGCAAGAGGUGAACCUCUCCAGUAUAUUCUUGGAACACAGCCAUUCGGAGAGCUGGAAAUCAAGUGCAGACCGAAUGUCCUAAUACCACGAUGGGAUACAGAAGUCUAUACUGCUCAAAUUGCUCGUCUGGUGAAGCGUGAUCUAGCUGUGCUGAAGACAGAAAGCUUCAGAAUUGCAGAUAUCUGCACGGGAAGUGGUUGUAUCGCAUUGCUCCUCCACUCGUUACUCGAGAGUUCAGACGCGGCCGUGACCAACGGUGGACCUUAUGUCUGGGGAUUUGAUGUCUCUCAGCAUGCGCUCGCCCUGGCCAAAGACAACCUGAGACACAAUAUUCGCCUUGGGAAGCUUCACCAGCAAGCUGCAACAGAAUCAGUAACAGUGAUUCGUUCCAACUUGUCCAAACGCUUGGUCGAGAUCUCCAAUCCUUCUGAUGUGCUCUUCGAUGUUAUUGUGUCAAAUCCACCCUACAUAUCACCCAACGACUUCAGAAUAGGAGGUACGACAACCAAAAGCGUCCGCAAGUUCGAGCCGAGACUUGCCCUGGUUCCUCCAAGUAUAUUCUUGGAUGAAGUUGUUGACCAAGCUGAUCAAUUCUACGUCGCUCUUCUUCGUAUAGCUGUAGCCGCCAAGACAAGAUUGCUGGUGAUGGAGAUUGGUGAUACAGAGCAAGCUUUGCGUGUGAGAGAACUGUGCAGGAACGUGAACGACCAUCUUGUUGAGAUGAGCGAUCGUCCGGCGAAGACCGUUGUGGAAAUCUGGAGCGACGACGGUGGUGUCAUUCGUGAUGAUGAAGCAGCACCUGCUGCUGGAUCUGUGACAUCGAGGACAAGCUCUCAAUCAGAAGAAAAGGCUGAAUAUAGAGCUGUGGCAGUGUGGUUCUCCGUAAACUGA